CUACCUACAGUCUAGCUGUGGAAACGCUCAUCGAAAGGCGCUUUGAGGGUUUGCAGCGAGGCUCCACCUUUUCAAGCGGUUCAGUGACCUCACCAGUGGGCUGGAUUGUAAGGGUGGGAUUUCCAGGCUUUCACAGAGCUCCAUGUAUUCCUGCCUGUCUGUCUCAGGAUCUAUGCAGCUUCAGCGAUAGCAAACACGGACUGCCUGCACCUCUCACAGCCAUAGAAAGGCGCAUAUAGCUGCUGCACACUGGAUCUCCUUUUUUUUCCUACAUGCGACUCCAAUCGGAAUAAAUAAUUGAGGAAUGUGGAAAUUACAGAAUGCCCAACAGCGCUGGAAAGAGAUUUAAACCCACCAAAUACAUCCCAGUGUCCACUGCUGCCACUCUCCUUGUGGGAUCGACCACUUUAUUUUUCGUUUUCACGUGCCCCUGGUUGACAAAGGUAAUCUCUCCCGCUGUGCCUCUCUACAAUGGCCUGGUCUUCCUCUUCGUUUUGGCCAACUUCAGCAUGGCAACCUUCAUGGACCCUGGUGUUUACCCCAGAGCGGACGAGGACGAGGACAAGGACGAUGAUUUCCGUGCGCCGCUCUACAAGAACGUGGAGAUCAAGGGCAUUCAGGUCCGGAUGAAGUGGUGUGCCACCUGUCACUUCUACAGGCCGCCUCGCUGCUCGCAUUGCAGCGUCUGUGACAACUGUGUGGAGGACUUCGACCAUCACUGUCCCUGGGUGAACAACUGCAUCGGACGGAGGAACUACCGCUACUUCUUCCUCUUCCUGCUGUCACUCAGCGUUCACAUGGUGGGAGUUUUCUCCUUUGGCCUCAUCUUUGUCCUCCACCACAGAGAAAGGCUGGGAGCGCUGCACACUACCGUCACUCUGGUGGUGAUGUGUAUAGCAGGACUUUUCUUUAUUCCAGUCAUGGGACUAACAGGUUUCCACUUGGUGCUUGUGGCCCGAGGUCGUACAACCAAUGAACAGGUGACGGGCAAGUUUCGUGGAGGAGUAAAUCCUUUCACCAAGGGUUGCUGUGGCAACGUGGAGUAUGUCUUAUGUAGUCCCCUGGCACCCAGGUACAUGCUGGACCCCAGGAAAAAGCCGCAUGUAAAGAUUCAGCCCCCGUUCAUCAGACCAGACCUCUCAGACAGACAAAUCACCAUCAAGGUCAGCGACAACGGUAUCCAUGGCACCAUCAUCAGCUCCAAGUCUAAAAGCAGCCUCGACGAUCUGGACGAUAAAGAAACCCAGCCCCCGCUGCCGCCCAAGGCUGACAGGUACAACCAGCUGAAAAACCAGAUGACCUCCAGCGAAGAGAGUUCUCUCUCUGGUAAGACCCAUCCAUCCACUCCAGCCAUGUAUAAAUACAGACCGUCCUUUGGCACCAUGCCAAAAGUCCACUACCACACUGCUGGAGAAAAGAUUGUAAUGCCAGAUGACCGUAAGACUUCGGCCAUCUUGGAAGAAGGUGUGCGUGGUCACGACUACCGAUCCGAGCCAAACCUGGACCUGCCUGAAUACGCUAAUGCUCCUCUCCACCGUACUUUCCAGUCCUCUCCUCUCCAGCUUGACUCCGACCCCAUCAACUCCCGCUCUCUCAGCCUGAAGCAGGGUCACCGCCGGCCAGAGAAGGGUCAGCUCUCGGCCCUGCAGCCCCAGACAGUCACUUCCACCCCCUACAAGAGUGUCUUCUCUCCAAACACUCUCUCCAACCGUAAUGGUAGUCUGUCGUAUGACAGCCUGCUCAACCCCAGCAUCUCCCCAUCCACUGCCAACGAGUGCAUGGCCCACCGUGGUAUGCCCUCCAUGGGGUUCCACUCGCCCUACCUGCCCACCAAAAUGUGCCACAUCCGGGAACCUGAGAUACAGAGACAACAGGUUGCCUCCACCUACAGUCCAGUGAUGCCGCCCAGGAGUGUGGGCAGACAGUCCCCUCACCCAAGGGACAGGGACCCAUCGCCUGUGCGCUAUGACAACCUCUCUCAAACCAUCAUGGCCUCCAUCCAGGAACGAAAGGAGAUGGAGGAGAGGGAGAAGCGUCAGAUGCUGCAUGGGCGCUCUCAGACCCAUAUCUAUGCCCAGGACUCUGGCGUGUUUGAUGGGGGCUAUGGCCUCCCCCACAAUGUCUGCUACCCAGAUGGGCCUCGAGGCCCCGGUUCCAGGGGCCCAACACCCCCAGCCUAUGGAGGCUCCAGGGACAACCUGAUGGGGGUCGGGCUGGUGAGCUACGGUCAAAGAACCCCUGUGUUGCGCCAUGCCGGCUCCACACUGGGCCGCGCCCCAAGGACUUCAUCCACCUCCUUGCACACAGAUCACAGUAGCAGCAACAGCAGCCAGAGCAGAGCAGGCCCCGAGGGCCCCUAUCGCUCCCCAGCUCACCAGCCCCACUCCCCUGCUAUGCCCCGAUCCCCAUCCUACUCCCACCAGAAACUCUCCUACAUCAGUGCCCAUGAGAGGACAGACUCACCUCGUCUAGGGGGCCCAAGAGAGGCCAUGAAAGUUAAUGGGCAGAUGGACUGCCACCCGAGUGCCCAGGGUGCCACCCUCAGCCCCAGUCGCCACAAUAACGUCAAAAAGGUGACGGGCGUAGGAGGCACCACAUAUGAGAUAUCAGUGUGAGCAGGGACACCACAUCCACCUCCAACGACAACGGCCAGCCCUGCUACAAAGAGAUUCUCUACUCUCUGUUAUUUCUAAUAAGAUAACGGCCAGUCAGGGGCACAUAGUACUUGCUGCUUUGGAUUUAGUGUCCAAUCAGUGGAUCUGUCUGCUCUUGUGUGGGUCUGUCUAGCCAAAUGCCCAUGUGUGUUUGUACCGGAGGGGUAGGUUGUCAGUAGAUACCGCCGCAGACUGUACUGUGCGUGUGUUUUGUCCAACAAGAUCGUCAAUGUAAUUAGUGUUGUCUCUCAGCUGUGGUCAUGAAGCGUUUGUGGUUCCAAAUGUCACACACAAACUUUGCUCCAGCAAAAGCUGAGGGCUGAACAAAAACACUGCAGAUGGAUUAAACGCUGACGUCCUCACUAUGGACUUCUGCAAGAAGACGCUCAUCUGAGUCAGUUGACCUCAAGAAGUCAAGGUGCUCACAUUAACUUGUACUGUUCGUGCCAUCUCCGGCAUAAGUGGUGGAGGUUUACAGCUCUGAUAUGUGAUGUACAAGUGCAGAAAACACAACACAAAUGAGAAGAAAAACGGGGGAUAUUAUGAAGAAAGUCAUCCUAUCAUGUCUGGUGGUUGCAUUCAUAAUUCACUGAGAGCGACUUGUUUUUAAAGGUCCCAUAUUGUGUCCUUUAAAAAAAAGCCAAUUAAUGAAAGUCUCAUAUCUACACAAUGUGUCUUUAAAUUUUCAGGGAAAAACAAUCCCAGCAUGGUUCAUUUCACCCUGGCAGUAUAACCCCUGCUUUCAGCCCUGAUCUAAAUGGGCUGUUUCAGUGUCUGUACUGUUAAAUACAGCUGAGCUGCUGCUGUCCACAACCCCUUCAGGAAGAAGACUCUCUCUGCAUCUGCUUUGUUCAGUUUUUGACAGAGCAGACAAACCAGUGGAGUUAAUGUAUGGUGGCUGACAUACAAGUAAUCAUUUUCCAAGUAAAUAUAGACAAAUUCUUAGCACAGUUGUUUUUAGCUCACAUGUAUAGUGAGUUUGUCAGACAAUGUUCUGGUUAUAAAAUUUGUAUUUUAGCAGUGCAAAGCAGCAGUGUGGAAAUGUCUGUGAAGUGAGUGCAGGUGUGUUUUACUGGGCUACGCUUCAGUCACUGUUUCAUGACUGACAGAUUUGAAUUGUCUGACAACAGAAAAACACAAACAUGAACAAAUUUAUUGGAAAUCUGGCUGCAUUAAAAUGCAACACGUUAGCACAGGGAGAUUGACAGACACGGAUGUAAACACGGGCUGAGUUUAGGUUGCACUGAAGCACAAAAGGCGACAUGAAAACACAGUAAUCCACUCAGACCUUUUUUUUUUUUAUUGGUUUCAAAUCAGAGUUAAAGUUUCCACCAUCUCUGAAUGUCCCUCACAGUGUCCUCCACAGACCUCUAACCUGUGUGUAUACCAGGCGUGAACUAACCGUGACGUCACCCGUUGGUUUCAACGCCGAGAAAAUGAAGCCCGGAUUUUGCUACGUCCUGGUCGCCAUUUUGGAUUUUUUGGAGCCAGUGACGUAAAAAGCAUCAUCAAACAGGCUGGACCGGAGAGCAACUAGGGGCAGGACCAGUCGAUGGGCGGGCCAGACUGAAGCCAGACUGCUGAAAGCCUCACCCUAAAGGAUCUGUCAAUCAUUCCAGACAAGACUGUCUAUCAAGUAUAGCCACGCCCCCUGGCUCUGCCAACUUUAAUGAUUUAUUUAAAAUUCAGUAUUGAUUUAUUUUAAGAUCGCCACCUGAUCUCUCAUUUUCACCAUGAAAACUAAUGGGGAAAAAAUCCUGAGCUGUAGAAAAUCGGUCUGUCAACUUUUAUUUUUUCCAAAAAUGAAUUGGGGUCUAUGGAGAAAAAGCUUUUUGGAGCCAACCCUAGCGGACGGCGUGAUAUUGCAAGUUUUUGACACUUCCGGGUGGGCUUCAUUUUUGGAGCCAGAUGCUACGUCCAUCUUUAUAUACAGUCUAUGGUGUAUACCAUCAAAAGUAAUGGUAGUACAACCCAGUUUAGUUGCACAACAUGCUAACACAAAGGAUGGUCCUAUUGUUGUGGGAAUAUUUCUUUCAAAAAUAAAAGUAACCCACUGUGUCUCAGUUCUGAGAUACUAGGAGUGCAUGAAGAUUGUUGUGUUGACCCGGUUUCUCCAUAGAAAAUGGCAAAAAUUCUUACUGGCUUGUAAAGUUGGGAGGCCAUCGAGUUGAGUUGGGCCUAGUGGAACUGCUGUGGUAAGCAUCUUCAUAUUCUCACAGUUUUUAAAUUUAGAAAACAUGCCAAACACAAUAAAAACAUGUUUUCACUAUAUGGAACCUUUAAUGAAAAGAAAAACAAAUUAACUUAAUCUUUGUUUGAAAAAAUUCUCAGGAAUUAAUGCAACCAACAGAGAUGCUAACUGACAUGAAUUCAUGCAAUAUGACCGUCUCCUCCGCUGUGUCAGUCAAGUACAGAGGAUUUUUAGGGCUUGAAAAUAGUUUAGCCCCCUUUACUCCUGUCAUGAAAGUGCAGUACGUGACCGAAGGUUUCAGUUUGUUUUCCGAGUCGGGCAAUUUCAUCACGACACAAGCGCUGGGCUGAUAUAUUUGCGUUCUGAAAGACCAGAAUACCUCAUCCCAACGUUUCUUACUGAAUCCAGAACAAGCCCAGCCGUGCACAACCAAAACAAAUUUUCUGUUAAAGGUUUGUCUAACAAAAAAAAGAAGAAAAAUGCUUUGUAUGUAAGUUUGUGCUAUAAUCACAUGAAUGGAAGGGUGUAAAGAAUCAAGUCAUUGUCUCAUGUAAAAAAAAAAAAAAAAAAAAGUGGUCAGCCAUUUGAUUUUUUUUUCAUCAGUUUGUUUCCUUUUUAUAUACCCAACCUUUCAAAAGCUAUGUUAGAUACAUCUUUUUUAUACAGAUACUUAAGCCUGGAAUGGGUGUUUUGUUUUGAGUGGAGUUUUUUCCCCCAUUUAUUCAUAAAUUAUGAAUUCAGUAAAUAAAUGAGAUAUUGGCUAAUGGUAAAUAUACCUUCUUCUACCUUGCAGUGUAAAAAAAUGUAUGAUGAAAAGUAAUUGUUAGAUAUGUGAUGCAGAGGAAAUGAAAUAUUAAAGUCACAAUCCUUGACUAGUGAGCAGUCAGCGCUGAACUGCCAACACGUGCUGUACACAGUUCAAGGAUCAGGCUUUGCAUUAAAGCUGCCACACACCCCCUUAGAUUCUCAAAGACUGCAAAAGUGACAUCAUGGAGAUAGAAAAUGCCAAAUCGGUUUGCAGUAGCUGUCUGGUACAGCUCUGGCAUUAACCACCACCUGAGAGUUAAAUGGAACUUUUUUUCUUGACAUUUAACCAUAAAAAUAACUUAUAAUGAUGAAAUGGACAAUGACAAAAUGCCAGAAAUUACAUGGAUAUAAAAUGUUACAUUUGGUUGCAUUAAGUCAAGUUACAUUUGCAUUAAGAAUAAACCAUUGUUGCCUUUUUGGGGAAAAGAGAAGCUGUUUCAUACACGGUGAAGUAUGGCUGAAACACCAACAGUGGAACACCAGAAGUGUUUUGUUUUGAGCAGCAAGUGACACUUCUCAGUAAACUUAUGAAGUUAUGACAGAAAGGUAGAUGUACAAAGUGAUAUGUGGUCUUGUUUGAUAUGAAUUAACGUUACUUUUUACUUUGUUUUUAGCUUAUUUUUUCUGAUACACAUGAAGUUCAUUUUCUCCAAAGGUCACAGCAUAAAGGCCAGUAGCUGUGGUAGAGUUGCUUUCUGCCAAAAUGGGAUGUUGUUGAGACUCGCUGUAGUUACUAUCUUCUAGCGAGCAGGUCUCCCUUUUAAGGUCUCACCCAGCUGCCUUACCUUCAAGACAGUACAGCAAAGUAACAAGACAGUCUGUUGAAGUCAUGUAUUUCGGAAAUGUCGAACAUAGCUUCAGUAUUACGGCUGUGGUAUACAGGGCUAGCUUUUUGUCAAAUCUAAUGAGUAGGAAUGUCAGCUGAAUAGCAAACUGGAGCAUCUUGAAAUACCAGAACAGACCGUUAGCUGCUGAGUUCCCUGAAAUCCCCGUCUGUCAUGACUCUCAGACCAGUUUGACCACAUAUCAGAAUGCUAUCGAUGUCAUUCCUCUUUAAGAUGACUGCCGUUAGUCCAAUGUUCUUUUUCUGGGAUGGACAUCACUGCAGGUCAGGGGCCAUUCCUGACAGUCAGCAAUGACUCUGUUCUUUCAGCCAUGCGCUGAUGUUUUCUGAAACUCAUAUAGAAAGUUCAAUAUGUAUUAAAAUAUAGAAUAUACUAUAACUGUACAUGCGUUCCUAUUUUUGUGAAGAGGAAAUAUUUCCCAGUGACCUGAGCAGAGUAAAUAAAGUUUCCAACUCUUUGAGUGAA